AUGGAUGCUCCAAGAGUCAGCAUCUCAAGCGUGCUUCCACAAUAUGUCCCUGUUCCUGUGUUCCUAAGCACAUCAUUUGCAUACAUUUGUUUCUUUGUUAACGAUGUGUCUGCGAAGAUUCCAGGUGGUGCUUAUGUCAUAUCAUAUAUUAAGAAAUCUCAUCGUGAUGAUCCCUAUAGAACGGCUAUAGAAUUGGGUUUGCUGAUAUAUGCACUGGUGUACUAUUUUUCGAAACCGCAACAUAAAAAAGGAUUACAAGCUAGCAAGCCAAACUUAUCAGCCCAAGAAGUGGAGGCUAUGAUUGAAGAAUGGGAACCUGAGCCUAUGGUUGAUGAUUCAUUGACUGAAUUUCAAAAUUGGAGACUAGACAAAAUCCCAGUCAUGAAAGAUUCUGGUGUUGAAACUCGUGUCACUUUUACAAGAAGCAAUGGCAAAGAAACUUUUGAGAAUGUCCUAAAUAUGAGUACGAAUAACUUCUUACAAUUGUCGAAAACUGAAAGAGUAGUUAAUACCGCCAAGACCACCAUUAAAAAUUACGGUGUAGGUGCUUGUGGUCCAGCUGGUUUUUACGGUAAUCAAGAUGUACAUUACCACUUGGAAUAUGAGUUAGCUAAGUUUUUUGGAACCGAUAGUGCUGUACUGUAUGGUCAAGAUUUUUGUGUUGCAGCCUCUGUUAUUCCUGCAUUCACAAAACGUGGUGAUAUAUUAGUAGCAGAUAACGAUGUAUCAUUAGCGGUUCAAAAUGCCUUACAAUUAAGCAGAUCUACUGUUUACUACUAUGAACAUAACAACAUGGAAUCAUUGGAAAACCUUCUAGCCGAACUCACUGAAGCUGAGAAAAAAGAUAAGCCACCUGCUAUUCCUAGAAAGUUUAUUGUAACUGAAGCAAUCUUCACUAAUACUGGUGAUAUUGCACCACUACCAGAACUAACAAAAUUAAAGAGAAAGUAUAAGUUUAGGUUAUUUGUUGACGAAACCCUCUCCCUUGGUGUCUUGGGUGCUUCAGGUCGUGGCUUACCAGAGCAUUUUAACAUGGACCGUGCUCGCUCUAUUGAUAUAACCGUUGGCUCUCUUGCAAAUGCACUUGGUUCUUCAGGAGGCUUUGUGCUAGGUGAUCAUGUUAUGUCUCAGCAUCAACAUAUUGGUUCCAAUGCCUACUGUUUCUCUGCCUCUUUACCAGCUUAUACCACUACAACCGCGACAGAAACUCUGAAGAUGUUAGCUGAAGAUAAUUCAGCAGUUCAGAAAGUACACGGACUCAGUCGUCAAUUGUUUGAUUUCUUCAACAACGAUAAAGAUCUGAUGGCUUAUGUACAGGUGAAAUCCAGUGUCCACUCCCCUAUUUUGCAUUUGGAGUUGUUGGAUGAUUUCAGAAUGGACAAGUUCGGUUAUAACAAAGAUCAACUUUUCCAAAUUGUAAGCUCAUUACAAAAAAAAUGUAUUACAAAUAAGUAUAUUGAGCCAUAUGAAAACGAAGAGAAGUUCUUACAAGAAAUUGUGGAUUUUGUAUUGGAGAAGUACAACAUUCUCAUCACCAGAAACACCAUUGUGUUGAAGUCAGAAAGCGUCCCUAUUGUGCCCAGCUUAAAAAUAUCUUGCACAGCCAAUAUGUCCUCCAGUGAAGUGGAACAAGCAUGUCAUGCUGUUAAAGAAGCACUGUUGAAUUACUGCAACUAA